AUGAGGCUCCCCCUCUCAAUAUGGGCGGUCUUCGCCCUUCUGACGGCGACUCUCGCCGCCCACACGUCCAACUGGGCCGUCCUCGUCUCGACCUCGCGGUUCUGGUUCAAUUACCGUCACCUCGCGAACACGCUGUCCCUCUACCGCACCGUCAAGCGGCUUGGCAUCCCGGAUUCGCAGAUCCUUCUCCUCCUGCCCGACGAUAUGGCGUGUAACCCGCGAAACGCAUUCUCCGGCACCGUCUACUCCAACGCCGAUCGACGCAUGGAUCUCUACGGCGAGAACGUCGAGGUCGACUACCGCGGCUACGAAGUCACGGUGGAGAACUUUAUCCGCUUACUCACCGACCGCUGGGAAGAGAGCGUCCCCGCCAGCAAACGACUGCAGACCGACGAAGGAAGUAACAUUUUGAUUUACAUGACCGGCCACGGCGGGAGCGAGUUCCUCAAGUUUCAAGACAGCGAGGAGAUCUCGAGCUGGGAUCUGGCCGAUGCGUUUUCCCAGAUGAGGGAGAAAAAGCGGUACAACGAGAUGUUGUUCAUGAUCGAUACCUGCCAGGCCAACACGCUGUAUCGGCAAUUUUACGCGCCGGGGGUGAUCGCCACGGGCUCCAGCGAAGAGGACGAGUCUUCAUAUUCGCACCACGCGGACAAUGACGUGGGGGUCGCGGUCAUUGAUCGCUGGACGUACUACGUGCUGGAAUUCUUGGAGACGCAAGUCACGGGGCCGACGAGCGAGAAGACGCUGGGCGAUCUGUUUGACAGCUAUGAUGUGGGAAAGAUUCACAGUCGACCCGGCGUCAGGUGGGACUUGUUCCCUGGUGGGGAGGAGGCAGGCCGCAAAAGGCGGGUCGUCGACUUCUUUGGGAACGUGCAGAGCGUGGAGAUCCAGGAAGGCAAGGGCGGUGUGGAAAGCCUGGAAGAGGAUAUCCAGGGACUGAAGAGACUGAUUCAGGAUUACCAAGAUUUUGCCGCCGCUCAGGAGAGUAAUGGGACGGAGACGGCGGGUCUGUUGCAGCAAAAAACGGCCGAGAAGAUCAAAGGCAACGGGAUGGCGCGUUCGACACAGCAAAACACCAUUUCAAGAAUAAAGGUCUCGAGGAACACUCAAUGGGCUCGACAGGUCGCUGGAGUGACUGUUCUUUCCGGACUUGCGGCACUAUGGUACUUUGCGCCAAAGCUUGUGUGA